AUGCAUCUGCCCCAGCCUGGUUGCACAGGUCCCCCUGAGCACCCCCAGCCGCCGGUUCCUGGGGGUGCCGAGGGACCGGUGCUGCUGUCCCUGAGCGUUGUCCUUGAAGAGCGGGGCAGCCGAGCCACGCCACGCAGGAUCACCCCCCCUCCCUUCAGAUCCACCGCGUCCCUCGGCACAAGCGGUAAAAAUAAACCUUGCCCAGCCGCCUUUGCGAGCUGCCGGGGCCUGGCCGGCACCCAAGCUGCAUCCGCAAAACGACGCAGCCCCUGGGACAUCGCGCUGUGCGCGACGGGGACGGCGGUGGCGGGGGAGAACGCGCUGGUGCUGGCCGUGCUGUUCUACACGCCGAGCCUGCGGGCGCCCAUGUUCCUGCUGAUCGGCAGCCUGGCCCUGGCCGAUCUGCUGGCCGGGCUGGGGCUGGUGGCCAACUUCGCCGUGCGGUACCUGCUGCGGCCGCCCAGCGAGGCGGCGGAGCUGGGGGCGGCGGGGCUGCUGCUGGCCGCCUUCUCCGCCUCGGUCUGCAGCCUGCUGGCCAUCACGGUGGACCGCUACCUGUCGCUGUACAACGCCCUCACCUACCACAGCGAGCGCACGCUGGGCUUCACCUGCGCCAUGGUGCUGCUGAUGUGGGUGCUGUGCCUCGGCGUGGGGCUUCUGCCGCUGCUGGGCUGGAACUGCCUGCGGGACCAGAGCGCCUGCAGCAUCCUGCGGCCCGUCACCAAGGACAACGCGGCGGUGCUGGCCGUCACCUUCCUGCUCCUCUUCGCCCUCAUGAUGCAGCUCUACCUGCAGAUCUGCAAGAUCGCCUUCCGGCACGCUCAGCAGAUCGCCGUGCAGCACCAGUUCAUCGCCACGGCGCAGGCCACCUCCACCCGCAAAGGGCUCUCCACCCUCUCGCUCAUCCUCGGCACCUUCGCCCUGUGCUGGAUCCCCUUCGCCAUCUACUCCUUGGUGGCCGACUCCAGCUACCCCGCGGUCUACACCUACUCCCUGGCGCUGCCCGCCACCUGCAACUCCCUCAUCAACCCCAUCAUCUACGCCUUCAGGAACCCCGACAUCCAGAAGUCGCUCUGGCUGGCCUGCUGCGGGUGCGUCCCUUCCACCUUCUCCUCCAGACCAAGGACAUCCAGCGACGUGUGA